CACGACUCCACUCUCUGAUUGGCCGAGCGCCCUGUCAAUCCCCGACGCGGCGUCCAAUCAGAGCGAGCAGCAGGCGAUACGAACUGUCCGCCGCCAUGUUGUGCCUCCGGGGGCCAGGAGCGACGUCCGGUAGUAAACAGGAGAUGACGUUUCCGCCCGCUCGGCAGUUCACGGGAAUCGGACCGCAGCUGGAAGCCAUGAGCCGUCCGUCCUCCGCGGGGGCUGCGGGUGCAGGUGGAGGCCUCGGGGCCGGGAAGGCCGGCGGGGGAACUCAGCAGGCCGCGGGCCUCGUGUCUCUGUCCUCCGGUGGCCCCGGGUCCUCCGGCUCCUCCGGGUCCGCCUCCUCCGCCUCCUCCUCCGGCCCCGCCGCCGUGGGCUCCGGGCAGUCUCCGGAGCUCACGGCGCUGUUCGAGUGCCCGGUGUGCUUCGACUACGUGCUGCCGCCCAUCCUGCAGUGCCAGGCCGGCCACCUGGUGUGUAACCUGUGCCGCCAGAAGCUGAGCUGCUGCCCGACCUGCCGCGGCCCGCUCACCCCGAGCAUCCGCAACCUGGCCAUGGAGAAGGUGGCGUCCACGCUGCCCUUCCCCUGCAAGUACUCGUCGGCCGGCUGUCCUCUGGCGCUCCACCACACGGAGAAGCCGGAUCACGAGGAGGUGUGUGAGUUCCGUCCGUACACCUGUCCGUGUCCCGGGGCCACCUGUAAGUGGGCGGGGUCUCUGGAGGCCGUCAUGCCUCACCUGAUGCACGCACACAAGUCCAUCACCACGCUGCAGGGCGAGGACAUCGUGUUCCUGGCGACGGACAUCAACCUGCCGGGCGCCGUGGACUGGGUGAUGAUGCAGUCGUGUUUCAGCCACCACUUCAUGCUGGUCCUGGAGAAGCAGGAGAAGUACGAGGGCCACCAGCAGUUCUUCGCCGUGGUUCUGCUCAUCGGGACACGCAAGCAGGCCGAGAACUUCGCCUACCGCCUGGAGCUCAACGGGAACCGGCGCCGGCUCACCUGGGAGGCCACGCCGCGCUCCAUCCACGACGGCGUGGCGGCCGCCAUCAUGAACAGCGACUGCCUGGUGUUCGACACCUCCAUCGCCCACCUGUUCGCCGACAACGGCAACCUGGGGAUCAACGUCACCAUCUCCAUGUGCUGAGGCGAGCGGGGGGGACACGGCGGUCCGCUUCACUUCCUGUCUUGCUGCCGUGGACGUCCUGCGGCGUUCGGUGAUGGAGAAAACAAACGCGUGAAGUUGAAGAACCGGCGCCGCCUUCUGUGACGGGGCGUCCCUCUGUCCUGUUAACGGCCAGAGGGACAAGAGAGGGCAUCGGGCCUCCGGGCAUCGGGCCUCCGGGCAUCAGGCCUCCGGGCUCGCCACGCUUUGACUCCUGGGACAAGAAUGUUCUGAGUCUACUCUCCGAGGAUCAAAGGAUUCUGGACUCAAUCGAGCAGACAGACUUGUGAUGUCAGACGUGGGCUCAGCGCGGCGCCGGCGGCCGUCAGCUGAUGUUUGAACGACAGACUUCAUGUCCUCGUCAGUCAUCCAGAAACAACAACCUGAUCCUGAGUUCACAUCAAACGCAAAGCCAGCUGACUGCACAACGCCAUAACAGAGGCCAUGCAGAUGAGCCUCAUUUGCAUAUUCAUGUAGUUUCCAGUUGAAUUAUUUCUACUCGAAUACAUUUUGGUGACGCUGUGUUUGAAAAAGCUGAGUUUAGAUCGUCGUCCUCUCAGGAGAACAACGAUCUCUGAUGAGUCCCUCAGACCACACUGAGCAUGAACAUGUGUACAAACCACAGACUGUAUGUGUUAUACACAAUAUCAUUUGGACCAUAUUUACGUGUUUAUGGAGCAGCUACAGUGUUAGCAUAGCAUCAAUCAAACCAAACUCCAUUCAGAAAACAAGCAUCUUAAAAGUUGUUUGCCUGUCGUCUAUAAAAGAGAACGAACAAAACAUGAAUUCAGACUUAUUACAACUCAUGAUUCUGUUGUUAUUUCAGCAACGUUUCUAUUGAUUUAUUGUGAUUAGUCACAGCUGAAUAGUUUAUUUUGGGUUCAGACAGCGUGGAGUUCCCUGAUAUCUGGGUCUUCAGCAACAUGAACAAGUGAGGUGAAUUAUCCGGAGAUAAAGCUCCAGCAGUAACGCUGCGUCACUGUUCUCUUUGCGUUGGGUGUGAACACAUGACGGAUCCAUAUGAAGAUGAUCAAUACGUGUUGAUCAGCUUCUAUCAAACAUUAAUAUCAGUAACGAUAACGCAGUAAAAGUCUUGAUGAGCAGACAGAAAAUAAAGAAACGGCUGCUGGCAGUUAAAGAGCAGCAGGAUGAUGUGAUUUAUUCAGAGCCGCUGGGUGGAAGGUCGCCGGUUUGAAUCCCAG